UCCCUUCUCCGCCAAUGGGGAAAAGAUAUAGGCGGGCUCUUACAAACGGCCCUGGUAACAGCCGCAUGGUUACCCGGGCGCCAGGCGCGCUGCACCAGGUUCUGAUUUUCCACGUUAGUUUCGGCUCCCGUCCCCGCAAAAAUGAAAAUCGAGGAGGUGAAGAGCACCACCAAGACGCAGCGCAUCGCCUCCCACAGCCACGUGAAAGGGCUGGGGCUGGACGAGAGCGGCUUGGCCAAGCAGGCGGCCUCAGGACUCGUGGGCCAGGAGAACGCGCGUGAGGCAUGUGGCGUCAUAGUAGAAUUAAUCAAAAGCAAGAAAAUGGCUGGAAGAGCUGUCUUGUUGGCAGGACCUCCUGGAACUGGCAAGACAGCUCUGGCCCUGGCUAUUGCUCAGGAGCUGGGUAGUAAGGUCCCUUUCUGCCCAAUGGUGGGGAGUGAAGUUUACUCGACUGAGAUCAAGAAGACAGAGGUGCUGAUGGAGAACUUCCGCAGGGCCAUCGGACUGCGGAUAAAGGAGACCAAGGAAGUUUAUGAAGGCGAAGUUACAGAGCUGACUCCGUGUGAGACAGAGAACCCCAUGGGAGGGUAUGGCAAAACCAUUAGCCACGUGAUCAUAGGACUCAAGACAGCCAAAGGAACCAAGCAGUUGAAACUGGACCCCAGCAUCUUUGAAAGUUUGCAGAAAGAGCGCGUCGAGGCUGGGGAUGUGAUUUACAUCGAGGCCAACAGCGGAGCUGUGAAGAGGCAAGGCAGAUGUGAUACUUAUGCCACAGAAUUCGACCUUGAAGCUGAAGAGUAUGUGCCCUUGCCAAAGGGGGACGUGCACAAGAAGAAGGAGAUCAUCCAGGACGUGACCUUGCACGACUUGGAUGUGGCUAACGCGCGACCCCAGGGAGGACAAGACAUUCUGUCCAUGAUGGGCCAGUUAAUGAAACCAAAGAAGACAGAAAUCACAGACAAACUUCGAGGGGAAAUUAACAAGGUGGUGAACAAGUACAUCGACCAGGGCAUUGCCGAGCUGGUUCCAGGUGUUCUGUUUGUUGAUGAAGUCCAUAUGCUCGACAUUGAAUGCUUCACUUACCUGCACCGGGCCCUAGAAUCUUCUAUCGCCCCCAUCGUCAUCUUCGCAUCCAACCGAGGCAACUGUGUCAUCAGAGGCACCGAGGAUAUUACCUCCCCUCACGGCAUCCCGCUCGACCUCCUGGACCGAGUGAUGAUCAUCCGGACCAUGCUGUACACUCCGCAGGAGAUGAAGCAGAUCAUUAAAAUCCGAGCCCAGACGGAGGGCAUCAACAUCAGUGAGGAGGCCCUGAACCACCUGGGAGAGAUUGGCACCAAGACUACCCUGAGGUACUCGGUGCAGCUGCUGACCCCAGCCAACCUGCUUGCCAAGAUCAACGGGAAGGACAGCAUCGAGAAGGAGCACGUUGAGGAGAUCAGCGAGCUUUUCUACGACGCCAAAUCCUCGGCCAAGAUCCUGGCUGACCAGCAGGAUAAGUACAUGAAGUGAUGUGCUCGCCGUGCGGCCG